GGCCGGGCGGGGCUCGCUAUCCGGUCGGUGUCCGCUCCAGUCUCCGCCGCCGCGGUCCUAGUGAGCGCGUCCCGCCAUGGAGCAGCCGCGGAAGGCGGUGGUGGUGACCGGGUUUGGCCCUUUUGGGGAGCACACUGUGAACGCCAGCUGGAUCGCUGUCCAGGAACUGGAGAAGCUGGGCCUUGGGGACAGCGUGGACCUGCAUGUGUAUGAAAUCCCUGUGGAAUACCAGACCGUGCAAAGGCUCAUCCCCGCGCUGUGGGAGAAACACAGCCCCCAGCUCGUGGUGCAUGUUGGGGUGUCGGGCAUGGCCACCACAGUGACGCUGGAGAAGUGUGGGCACAACAAGGGCUACAAGGGACUGGACAAUUGCCGCUUCUGCCCCGGCUCCCAGUGCUGUGUGGAGGACGGCCCCGAGAGCAUCGACUCCAUCAUCGACAUGGAUGCUGUGUGCAAAAGGGUCACCACGCUGGGGCUGGACGUGUCUGUCACCAUCUCCCAGGACGCUGGCAGGUACCUCUGUGAUUUCACCUACUACACCUCGCUGUACCGGGGCGGCGGCCGGUCAGCUUUCGUCCACGUGCCCCCACUGGGCAAGCCUUACAACGCGGACCAGCUGGGCCGGGCGCUGCGGGCCAUCAUCGAGGAGAUGCUGGGCGUCCUGGAGCAGGUGGAGGGCGACAUCCGCUGCUGCCACCAGCACUGACCGCCGGCCACGCGGGCGCCCCCGGAGACGGCGGCGUGGAGGGCGACUCACCCCUGCUCCUCCCCCUGGCGCACCCAGGCGGCUGGACAA